AUGGAUCACCUGCUGCUGGUGCUGCUGUUGCUGUGGAGCUCAGCUUUGACUUUCUCCUCAGGACUCCAGGCUGAAGGAAGUCACACCUCAACAGGUGCUCGGUGUGACACCACAGCCAAGGCUGACAUCGUGCUGUUGGUGGACGGCUCCGGGAGCAUCGGCAACUUAGAAUUUGAAAUCUUCAAGUCUUUUAUCUCUAGCAUAGUCAGAAACCUCCACAUCGGCCCGGACCGAGUCCAGAUUGGUCUGGUUCAGUACAGUUUUAGACCACAGACUGAGUGGCACCUGAACACCUACCAGACCACAUAUUCCCUGCUGGGGGCCACAAGCAGUCUGCGACAGAUUACAGGAGGCACCAUGACAGGAAUGGCUCUUAACUUCACCCUGCAGAACAACUUCCAGCCCGAUGUGGGAAUGCGUGCAGACUCCCAAAAAAUUGUUGUCUUGCUGACAGACGGAGAGUCCCAGGACGACACACGGCUCCCGUCACAGAAACUGAAGGACGCCGGCAUAGAGAUCUACGCUAUUGGGGUGAGGGGUGCCAAAGAGAGUGAGCUGAAAUCCAUCGCCUCCGAGCCCACUGAAAUUCACACGUACAGUGUCACAGACUUCUCGUUUCUCCCAGCCAUCGUUGACAACCUCACCAUCAACCUCUGUGACAACUCUAAAAUCUUAGAACCUGUCAGGUUGGAUGCAGUUGUUAUCUCCAGACUGGUGGUCCUGCCGCUGUUGUUCAUCGCUGCCAUCUGUUUCAUCCAUAAGGCCACCAGGGGCCAGAAGCCAGACCCACAGGAGAACGUGGAGCUGGAUUAUUAUAACCUCGGUGUUUGCAGAGCUGAAGGGGGGCCGGCUGAAGAGGAAGGAGCCCAGGCAGGAGAGUAGGACCUCCAAAGAGCUUUUCCCACAUCUAGAUGGAUUGCUCAGCUUCAACACAACUGUGCUUCAGCUCCGUCAAGGUUACACCAAAUGUUUUACCUUUAGACUUCUACUGAAAUGAGAGCAGAAAAAAGAUGACCAAGAACCAAACCAGGUCUUUGCAGCCCAGUAUCUCUGGGAAUAAUGUCCAAAUACAUCAGCUGUUGGAGGUCGGGGUCCUCUAAUUUGUGUUUGCCUUAACUGAAACCACAAUCUUUCCAUACCGCUAACCUAUUGGCUAACACUAACUGACUCUAAUGGGUUCUCUGUGGGCUCUAAUAACAUAUAGCAUAAAUAACAUCUUAAAUAAUAUAGUAAAUCAGUAAGUACAGCUGCUGAUCAGGUAUACUGGUUCACUAAAACGCUGAAGAAUCGUAAUUCCAGUUUGUGGCACCAUAAUGUUCAUAAUGUUCAGAGACGUU